UACGCUCAUUCGGUUUUGGUAUUCUGAAUUGGACGAGUUGCUGCGUUUUGCGAAUCACAAUUCAAGUGAAAAUAUUUUCAGUGAAAAUUUUUUUAAGCACACAGUUGGAAAAGUAGUGAAUGCAAGCGGAAGUUGUUACGAAAAUUAAAAGCUAAUGAAGUUUAAUUAAAUAUUAUAAGCAAAUAAGUGUUUGAAGAAGUUAAACAACUGGCGAAAAGCAGCAAAGUGUCCGCAGGACUAGACGGUGCAACGCCCUUUUGUGUACCCACAAAUCAAGUGAGAAGUGCAAACACAUUCUGAUUUGGUCGACACUUGACACAGAUUAAGUGUGCAGGACUGAAACUGAAAAUCGAUUUUUUCGACAGAAUUCGGAAAAUUCGGGUGCAGUGUUAAAUAAGUGAAGAUUAAUUGAUUUUUUCUCGUCACUGACUCUAAAGGAAUUUUUACGAAUUUAAUAACGUAACGUGUGCAUUUCUGGCAGCAGCUGCGAAUAACUGCCUCCCUCAGUACUGUGUCAAUAAUCUAUUGGAAUUUUCGAAACUUUUUUCUAUCAAAAAAAUCGACGCUUGAGUUUAUUUCACUCUAAAAUAUACACUUCGUCUGCUCAUUAACGCUUUUUAAAUAAUUUCGUACAAGGUUUUCAAAGAAACCACAACAACGGAGCCAAUACUAAAAUUUCAACUGCUACUAGACGUCCCGGACGAGACCGCCGCCUAUACAAGUGGGCGGCAUUCACGUCCCAAAAAGACCAUACCGCAUCGGUAGCCCAACAGUAUUGCGUUGCGCCACACACACACACCAACACAGACGAGCGUUAUGUCAAUUAACUGUAAAGUUAGCAACAACAAUUGAAUAUAGCUGCGAAAUCAAUGGCGUACUUAAUUAAUAUACUUAAAUUUAAUGUGAAAUAUUUAAAAAGUAAUUAAUAAACCAUAAUAAUAAUAACUGUAAUAAUAAUAGACUGUACACUGACGCACAAAGUAAAGAAAGUAUCACGUAAAAAUAAAACCCUAACCAAAAAUAAAAUAAAAAAAAAAUAUCAAAUAAUCACACGCAAUUAAACGAAAAUAGAAACCUAUUUACCCGCAUUAUGGAUCAAUAAACAAUUACCUUAAGAGCCAACAAGCCAAAGCAAACAGGAAGAUAAAGAAAUUGUAAUUACUGAAAAAAGAAAGCAUUGCAGCAAAAAACCCCCAAGCAACAUUAUCGAUUGCUGCGGCUUAAAUAACGCAUACACACUUGUGUAUCUACAUUGCCGUUUGCCAUUCACUCACUCGCACCGUACCAUCGGUGUCGCAGUGCAAGCUUUAAUUUUUUUUUCUUUUGGAACCCGCAUUUGCAGUCAUUUCUCUUUCCUUCCACUAACUACUAACUACCGUACACAUUUACGCUCAGCGCUUAAGCGCAUCUAUUGAAAGUGGCCAAUUGGGGCAGCGCGUCCAAUUAUACAAUGGAAAAAUCUGAACAAUUUUCAGAUUAUCUCUUUGCGAAAAUGGGCCCGCCCAGUAGUACAACUGUAAAUGGCACCGAACUGCCACCGAAGACCACGGAACGUAGCGGUGCGCCACGUGAACUCACCGGCUACCGGAAAUGGUUGCGGGAGAAUCUAAUGUUGCUGGUGACACUAUCCGGUGUUUUGUUGGGUGUCAUUUUCGGUUUUUCAUUGCGGCCCUUGAAUUUACAUGAGGAUUCUAUAAUGCUGAUUUCCUAUCCGGGCGAACUCUUUAUGCGCGUUUUGAAGCUGAUGAUUUUACCGUUAAUCAUUUCCAGUUUGAUCGCCGGUUCGGCUAGUUUAAAUGCAAAAAUGAACGGUAAAAUCGCAUUGCGCACUUUGGUCUACUUCGUGACGACUUCGUUUUUCAACGCGCUGCUCGGCAUUGCUUUGGUGUUGCUCAUACAUCCUGGUGAUCCUAAUCUACAUAAUACCGCCGAUCGUUCUACUGACAAAAGGGCUGUGAAUCUAUUGGAUAGUCUUUUGGAUUUGGGAAGAAACGUUUUCCCGGACAAUCUCUUUCAGGCAUCCUUUCAACAAGCGCACACUGUUUACCUACCCAAACCAAAUAUUUUGCAUACUUUCAAUGAGACACUUAACGACACCGCCAUCGGCAGCGAAUUCGAACCGACUGAAGACAUACAAGCACAACAACAACAAGGAGGUGACGUAAUCGAACCAGCCCUAAUACGUGUAGUACAAUAUCGCAGUGGCACCAACACGCUCGGCAUUGUCUUCUUCUGCCUGGUAUUCGGCACCAUUUUGGGUACAAUCGGUGAGAAGGGACAAAUUGUGGUGGAUUUCUUUACGGCCGUCUUUGAGGUCAUCAUGAAGAUGGUCACGUGCGUCAUGUGGCUAACACCCAUCGGUAUUAGUUCGGUGAUAGCUGGCAAGAUAUUGGGCGUUAACGAUUUACAUUUGGUCAUGGAGCAGCUGAUGUGGUUCAUACUCACCAAUUUGAUUGGCGUAUGCCUGUAUCAAUUCAUUAUAAUGCAGGGGAUAUAUUUUGUAUUCGUGCGACGGAAUCCAUUCAAAUUCUAUGCCGGACUUAUACAGCCAAUGCUGACCGCUUUUGCGACAGCCUCAACUGCUGCCGCUUUGCCGAUCACAUUUCGCUGCAUGAACGACAAAUUGCGUGUGGAUCAGCGCAUUAGUCGUUUUGUUCUACCGAUCGGCUGCAACAUCAAUAUGGAUGGCACGGCACUCUUCAUUUCGAUCGCCUCGAUCUUUAUUGCUCAGAUGAGUGGCAUACCGUUGGGCUUUGGCGAACUGGUGACUGUUUUAUUGACUUCAACUGCGGCUUCUAUGAGUUCGGCUAGUGUUCCAAGUGCUGCUCUGGUCCUACUGCUGGUGGUUCUCACUGCCAUCGAUGCUCCGGUACAGGAUGUGACACUACUCUUUGCUGUCGAUUGGAUUGUAGAUCGCAUGCGCACCACCAACAACAUGCUGGGCGAUUGUUAUGCCGCCGCCGUCGUCGAGGAGUUGUCACGCAAAGAACUAAUGGCACUGGAUGCCGCCAUACUCUAUCAGGAAGUGCCACUUGGUACGCCAAACGGAAAUGCAUUGCUCGAGGGCCAAACGGAGUUGGAUAGCAAGUGUUCGAUGACCGAUUCGGUGGUUAUCGAUAUCAAUAAUGUGAUUAACAGCAGUAAUCUGCAGAAGGAGAACAGCGGUUAUCGCGCCUAAAACUAGACUACAAUUUUUUGAAUAUUCACCACGCACUCAAGCACUCUCAUUAAACCAAUAUUAAUACUACGCAAGAUUGUAAUUUUUAAGUAUGAAAGUAUAUAAUGUCUUUACAUGUAUCGGAGUUGGUAUUUAGACGGGAAUUACGAGUAUAUAUAGUAGAAAUGUAUUUUAAAUUUAGUUAGUUUUAGUGUUAUUUUGAAAUAUUUUUUGGCAUAAAUUUCAUGCGCUCUUAUUAACUUUUUGGCUUGAAAACAUUUCACGUUAGCACCCAUUCCUAGGCGACACUAAAUUAGCUUAUGAAAAUAUAGAGGGUGGUACAUAUAGAGGAUAUUUUUUUAGUUUAAAAAUUAAAAAAAAAAAAAAUCGAAUUAUUUUUCAGUAAUUACAAUAUUUUUUAAACUCGGUGUCAUAUUUUACAGACACGAAUAAGUCCGUAAAAUGUCAUUGGUCUUAAAAUAAAAUUACUUCAGGUUUGGUUAGUUCGGUUUUCAAAAAUGUUUCAUUUCUAUUUUUUUUCAUAAUUGAAUUUCUAUGAAAAUUUCUGCAUGAACAGUUGAUAAGCCAAAGAAAUACAUUUCUAUAGGAAAAAAAAUCAAAACUUUUCAAACAGUUUAUGGACCACCAUUUAUUGACAAGAAAAAAUAUAUUAAAAAUAUAUAAAAUGUUUAUGAACCACCCUUUAUAUACACAUACAUAAAAGUAUUAAACUAAAUGGAGAUCUGAACAUUCAUAAAUAAUUACAAAUACACAAAUCAAAGAAAGUAGCAUAGUAGUAAUCAGCAGCAUUCAACAAGUAUUGACAUAAACAAUAAAGCCAAUAGCGGAUAACAGGAAAAUUAAUUAACAAAAACAAAAUCCUAUAACGUAAAUAUAUACAUAACGGAUGUAGCAAAUAUAUACUAAAUAUUACAUAAAGUACUUACAUAAUUUAUGGCAUAAAUACACACACACACCCACAAAUAUAUGUGUGAUUUCAAUAUUAGUAUUUAACAAAAACAAAUGUAAUCAAAUAACUGUUCUAAUGCCGAUAUCUACAUACUGUUAUGCUAGCAUUUAUGUAUAAUAUGUAUGUCUGUAUACACCCCAGCGUGACAUUUAGCGUUACAUCCGUAAAAAAUAGAGACUGUCAAUUUUGAAAAACAACAAAAACAAAAAAAAUAUUAAUGUUGCAAAAUUUUUUGAAAUUUAUAUGUAUCUAUGUGCAUAAGCAAAUUGUGAGAGCCCACCUAAUUGAUGAUGUAUUUUCUUUUAUUUUUAAUAAUUUACCAAAAAAUUUUUUACACAAAUAAAAAUGUUCCCUAUAUACACUUACCAAAGUAGCCAGCAAAUGUUUACAAAAGUUCAUAAUUAUAAUACAAAUUAACUAUUAACAAAGUGAAAAUGCAAAAAAAUAUAUAAAAUAAAAAAUAAAAAAAAAUAAUUAAAAAAAAAUAAUAAUAAACAAAUUAAAACAGAAAUUUUAUAAAAUAAAAAAAUAUAAUACAAAUAAAAUUAAAUAAAAUAAAAAAAUACAUUUAAUAAUAAUAAAAAAAAAUUGAUAAUAAAAAAUAUAAAUUUAAUUUUUAAAAUUAUAUAAUAAUAAUAAAAAAAAUAAUAAAAAUACAAAACUAAAUGAAAUUUAAAAAAAAAAUAUUAAAAUUAAAAAAUAUUUUAAUAAUGAAAAUCUGUUGCAAAAGUCUGUAGUAGCAAUCACUUGUUUAUAUACGCCUAAACACCUACAUAUAUAUGUACAUAUAUGAUUUUAAGCAAAUUUUUAAAAACUAUAAAAUACUAAAAAAUUUCAACGGCGCAUAGUUGUUUUCUGUUUUGUUAAUUUAGCGAAUAUAUAAAAAAUAUAUAUGUAUUAUUUUAACGCGAAACAAUAUAUUUGUACAUAUCUGUAUAUUUAUGAAAUUCGUAAGAUUUUAAAAGCAUAUAUUGUAUUGUAUUAACCGCACGAUAGACUCUAUAUAUACCCACUUACACGUAUGUACGUAAAACACAUACUAUAUACACUAUACUUAUUAUAUACAAGUAUUAGUAGAGAAGGGCGCUGCAAUGUGGACGCUGAUAUUUGGUAUUGAUGGAGAAGCCUAUUGUGUAUCUCAGUAACGUUUGUGAUGUUUUGAUAUAAAAAAAGAAGUUGUAAUAAUAAAUUAAUUGAAACAAUUUUAAUUUAAAUUUUCUUUUGUGUAUACUAAUGUAUUAUGAAACAAGGAUUCCUUGAUCUUUUAUAUAUAUAUUUAUGUGUAUACGCUUCGAUAUUGGCACGUAAAGCGAAAUUCUGACACACAACUCGUACAAUUAGCCAAGGUAUAGCUUAAUAAUUACUUGUAUGGACAUCUAGCAGUAUCAUUUGAACUUGUUCGAAAUCAUAUUGCUAUCCCGGGAUCUCCUUAUUCAAAUUAUUUGAAAGAUUUCUAUUUCAAAAAAGUUUUGUAACUUUUAUUCCAAUUCAAGAAAAUUAUAGUAAUGAAAUAAAUUUGAUUUUGGUCCAUAUCUCAACUAGAUACGUUUUCUAUUUGGAACUAGUAUGAGACUGUCAUAUGUAUUCACGACUAUCUGUAUCUUCUUGUCAGUCAUUGUAAUCUAAAAACUAUCAGUUGCUUAAAAGAAAUGCUUAUGAGAACUAUAGAAUCGAAAUAGGCUGGGCGUUCUUACUUGUAAUAAGACGAUUUACUAUUCAUACUAUUUGUGUAUACAAUUCGUAACGUACUCCACAUUUCAGGAAUAAAGUAAACUCGCAAAUCCUUGAUCCUGAAGAAGUGUGGAAUGU